AUGGCUUCCAGAUCAGAGGAGGAUCUCUGCUGUCCGGUCUGUCAGGAGGUCUUCAGAGAUCCUGUUCUUUUGUCAUGUAGCCACAGCUUCUGUAAAGUCUGUCUGAAGAACUGGUGGAGACAGAAUCCAUUACACCAGUGUCCAGUUUGUAAGAGAAGAUCUUCAAGAGAUGAUCCACCUUUAAACUUGGUGCUGAGGAACCUGUGUGAGUCCUUCUUACAGGAGAGAGAUCAGAGAUCUCCAGAGGCUCUCUGCAGUCUGCACUCUGAGAAACUCAGACUCUUCUGUCUGGACCAUCAGCAGCCACUGUGUCUCGUCUGCAGAGAUUCAGAAAAACACUCCAACCACAGAUUCAGUCCCAUCGAUGAAGCUGCACAACAGCACAAGAAGAACCUUCAGGAAACUCUGGAGCCCUUAAAGGAGAAGUUAAAGGUUUAUGAAGAAGUUAAAGUGAAGUGUGAUGAAACAGAGAAACACAUCAAGGUCCAGGCCCGACACACAGAGAGGCAGAUUAAGGAGCAGUUCAAGAAGCUUCACCAGUUUCUAGCAGAGGAAGAGGAGGCCAGGAUGGCUGCACUGAGGGAGGAAGAGGAGCAGAAGAGUCAGAUGAUGAAGGAGAAGAUGGAGGCUCUGAGCAGAGAGAUAGCAGCUCUUUCAGACACAGUCAGAGCCACAGAGGAGGAGCUGAGAGCUGAAGACGUCUCAUUCCUCAACAACUACAAGGCUGCAGUGGAAAGAGUCCAGCGCUGCCCCCUGCUGGAUGAUCCACAGCUGCCCUCAGGAGCUCUGAUAGACCAGGCCAAACAUCUGGGCAACCUGGCCUUCAACAUCUGGAACAACAUGAAGGACCUGGUCUCCUACACUCCUGUCAUUCUGGAUCCAAACACUGCUAAUCCAACACUGAUCCUGUCUGAAGAUCUGACCAGUGUGAGAGGAGGAGAUAAACAACAACUUCCUGAUAAUCCAGAGAGGAUUGAUUAUUUGUGGUCUGUCCUGGGCUCUGAGGGCUUUAACUCAGGGAAUUACAGCUGGGAUGUUGAGGUUGGAGAUAACAGAUGGUGGUUACUGGGUGUUUUAGCAGAGUCUGUCCAGAGGAAGGGAGACAUACCAUCUGGAUUGUGGGGAAUAAGGCUCAAUGGAGGUAAAUAUAUGACAUUAAAGAAGUUCCAAAGGAUCAGAGUGAAUCUGGACUGGAACAGAGGAAAUCUGUCCUUCUCUGAUCUUGAUACUAACACACACAUACACACCUUCACACACACUUUCACUGAGAGGAUAUUUCCGUAUAUUGAAACUGAAGAUGAACUCCCAGUUAAGAUAUUACCAGUGAAUCAGACCAGUUAGAGAUAAACAGAAGUAUCCUGUUUAUGAUGUUUUUUUUAUUUUAAAGUUCCAUUUUUUUUAUUUCAGUGUUUCUUAAAAAUUAGUUUAUUCAGCAGAGUUGUGUAAAAAUGUUCUGCAUUUAAUCAAAUAUAUCUUCAAUAAUCUUG